CAGGUGCGCAAAAGGUCACAGAGGACGUCCUUCGCUACAAAAUGGCAUCUUCGAUCCGGAUUUUCGCCCGCUACGCUGGCCAAACGUUUGGCACAAGAAAUGUAUAUACAAAUUGCCGGCACCAUUUAGCAAUCAACCAAAAUACGAAAGUGAUAUGUCAGGGAGUUACUGGUAAACAGGGUACCUUCCAUACCCAGCAAGCCAUUGAGUAUGGAACUCGUAUGGUUGGCGGUGUCAGCCCUGGCAAGGGUGGGAACACCCAUCUUGGUCUACCUGUUUUCAACUCAUGUACUGAGGCCAGAGAAAGAACUGAUUGUGAUGCCACGGUGAUUUAUGUCCCGCCAAAGUUUGCCUCGGGUGCUAUCAUGGAUGCUAUUGAUGCUGAAAUCCCACUGAUUGUUUGCAUUACUGAAGGGAUUCCUCAACAAGACAUGGUGAAAGUCAAACAUCGAUUAUUACGACAAGAUAAAAGUAGACUAAUUGGACCCAACUGCCCUGGUAUCAUCAAGCCUGGAGCUUGUAAGAUUGGUAUCAUGCCAGGCCAUAUUCACAAGAAUGGAAGAAUAGGUAUUGUUUCAAGGUCUGGCACCUUAACUUAUGAGGCGGUACAUCAGACGACCCAGUCUGGACUUGGCCAGUCAUUAUGUGUGGGAAUUGGUGGCGAUCCUUUCAAUGGAACAAAUUUCAUUGAUUGCUUAGAAGUUUUUCUAAAUGAUCCCCAAACAGAAGGUAUUGUUCUCAUCGGUGAGAUUGGUGGUGGUGCAGAAGAGAAGGCCUCAGAAUACCUCAAGCAACAUAACACAGGCGCCGAUGCUAAACCAGUAGUUUCAUUUAUCGCCGGCAUAACGGCACCCCCUGGUCGUAGGAUGGGCCACGCUGGAGCCAUCAUUGCUGGUGGGAAGGGUGGUGCGGAGGAUAAGAUAGCUGCCUUGAGAGAUGCUGGUGUUGAUGUCACAAUGUCUCCGGCACAGUUAGGAUCUACUAUGAAAAAGGCAAUGGAGAAAGCUGGCAAGCUGUAACAAGGAACUGGUGUUUCUCACUUUCUAGUUCAGGUUUGGUGAUUUGAGAAAAUCUCCAUACGUGGGCAUUCCAUCAGUAUGAUUAGCUGAAGGUCAAGUCAAUCACAAAUUUAUCGGGAAUGGAGAUUUUUCGUGACAGCGGGUCCAAAUAUGGGUGAAAAGACUUCAUAUGUCAUAGAUUACCGGUACUAAGUAUUCAGUAGCAUGACAGGAGAACUUUGUCCAAUAGGGGGAUGAUUGUACAUUUUAAAUCCAGCUUGAUUCUGUUGUACUGACUCAUGGCUGCCACUGGCUCUAUCUUGUGAGGAAUAUUUUCCAACCCUUACCAUUGUGCUCUCGAUUCGAAAAUUCUGUGUCCCAUGGUUUAAGUGUGCCAGUUUUGAAAUUUACAGUUCGACCAAUCAUUCGAAUUAGAAACAGUCCUUAAUGUGUACAUAAACAAAAUUGCAUGUCCUAUAAAACAGAACAGCUUGUCCAGUAAGCUUCCAGCAGUUAGUUGACAAAGUAUUAAUCACUGUUCCCUUAAAAGGGAGACUAUAGGCAGCAAGCAGGUAGGUCUGAAUAGCUUAACUGAAAUUGUCGAUAGAGGGCUCUCCUAUCCCACAGUUCAUGAUCUUUGCCCUCACUCCUGCCUUUAGUCCCCCCUUUAAGACACAACUUUGCGACAUUCUUUGGUCAACUUUGUAAUAGAUUGAACAAUAACCAAAAAGAAAGGGAUGUACAUGUACUUGGACUGAUCCCUCUCCAGCAUUUGUGCUUUGGACUUCUGGUAUAAUUCUGGUCAUGCAAUGUGUAUGAUGAUUUCAGCCUCUUGGCCCUUACAUUGUGUAUUCUUGUGAGCAUGACCACAAAGUUUGUUUCAGUUUAUAACCUGGGGCAAGGUGAUUUUACUUACUUCACUGCUAAAAGGGAAAGGGGUUGAAAACAUCAUGUUCUGUUAUGGUUUGUGAAUAAAUGGCAUUUGUCAUUGUUCUCUAAUGCAAAAUAAAGCAUCAGCUUUGUUGAUAUGUAAAAAAAUCAGUUACAAAUAAAAAGGUUUUAUUUAAAUUACA